AUGUCCCCAGUGUGCUUCUACUGCUUGAGCGGCACGGACGUAAUGGCCGCACUGCGCAACUCGGCAUGGACCGGCCACGUCGCAGCCCAGAUUAGCCAGUACGCAGCCUGCGGCGGGCAGCUGGCGGGCCAGGUGAGCGGGCUCUGUGGGAGCCCCGCCGGCGGCGAAUCGGAGCCCGACGCGCCAGCCGUGGGCGGCGGCGUGCGAGGCCGCGUCAAGCUCGCACACUACGCGCCGCCUGCUGUCCUGCGCUGCGUGAGGUGGCAUGCCUGCGGCGCGUGGCCGCGCCUGGCGGUCGCCUUCAUUGGGCGCGGCGCGCCCGCCACGCGCGGGGCGCGCGCCUUGUCGCUUGCGGCGCGGCGCAAAGCGGCGGGCGCGACGCGCGCGGGCCCCACCGCCGAGCCCGCGGGCGAGGGCGUCCGCUGCCUGGCCUUGCUCGAGGCCGUGCGCCUGGCCGCGGCGACUGGCGCUCCCGCCGCCGCCGCGCUGGGCCGGCUGGCCCGCGCGCUGGCGGCCGACAGGCACACGGCCGUGCUCUGCCGACACCACGGCGCGCUCGCGGCUGUCGCGGGCGCCUGGAGGGCCUGCCCGGAUUGGGAGGCCGCCGCGCCCGCGGCGGCUUGCGCGCUACUGCCUUUCGCGGCGGUCCAUGGCUGCGCGAUCAGGCGCCUCGGCGUCGAGGAGCUCUGCGCGAGGUCGCUCGACGCCUCGGGGGGCGUCUCCGCCGAGCUGUCAGCGGUCGUCGAGCUCUGGUGUGCGCUGGGGGGCCCCGCCGCCGCCCAGGCGCUGCCGCUGCUGGAGGCCGCCCGCCGCGGCGCGGCCCCGCCAGCGGUUGUCCGGCCGCUGCUGCGGAACCUCGCGAGGAGGGGCGGAGGCCGCACUCGGAUUGCCUACUUUUACCCGUACCUGCUCGGGGACUUGUUGGCGGACUUGCGGAGGUUGCGUCCAUCGGAGGGCGACUGGAUCGAGAUGUCCACCGUUGGCUCGACGAGCGGCGGCCGGCCCAUCCUGAUGCUCCGGGUCACGGACUUCCCCACGAUUUCGCAGCAAGUCGAUGGACACGCCAGGCGGCACAUCAUCGUGUCCGCGAGGGUGCACCCUGGCGAAUCCCCGGCGAGCUUCAUGAUGAGGGGCGUCUUGCAGCUGCUGCUUUCCGCGGAGCCCGAGGCGCAGAUGGCGUGGCAUUGGGUAACGGCCGUGCGAAUGCCAAGGGCUAUGACCUCAACCGUUGCUGGGAGCAGCCGCCGCCUGGAUCAGAGGUCGAGGCAGCCAAGCGGGCAGUGGCCCGCUGCUGCGCCGAUCCCGGAGGCGUGCUCGCGUUCCUCGACCUGCACGCACACUCCCGCCGCCACGGCGUCUUCACGCUCAGCAACCCAGGCGGCGAGGC